AUGGGUUGGAAAUCAUACCUUUUACCACUGUGGCUGAGAGCUGCAGCUGGAUUAGAACAGUCAGACAUAGCUCGAGGUUCUUUCAUUGUUGAAUAUGAAGAGCCCAGGCUUGGGUUCAACAACAAUAAAUCCCCCGAUGAACACAUGUCUUUGUUGCUUUCGAAUCCAGCCAUCAAAAACGUCUGGCCAAAAACAAUUGUCUCUAUACCUAACACUCAGGUUGGACGAGCUGGGCCAACAAGCCCAACACACCUGGUGGCCAGAGAUCUACAAGGCAAUCAAACAUACUCGCCCCACGCUAUGACCCAAGUUGACAAAUUACACGAAAAGGGCAUCACUGGUAAAGGAGUUAAGAUUGCAGUUGUUGACUGUGGUAUUGAUUACACCCACCCAGCGCUUGGUGGAUGCAUUGGGCCUGAUUGCUUAAUUGUUGGCGGUUAUGAUUUUGUUGGUGAUGCGUAUAACGCAUCCAACACCCCUGUUCCUGAUGAUGAUCCAAUGGAUAAAUAUUUUGGACAUGGUACGCACGUAGCUGGUAUUAUCGCUGCCCAACAGACCGAAUAUGGCUUUAUAGGGGCUGCACCUGACGUCAAAAUAGCAGCCUACAGGGUGAUAGGCUGCGCUAACAGGGCUGGUAACGAUGUUAUCGCAGCUGGUUUCCUGCGCGCACAGCAAGAUGGGGCUCAUAUCAUCACUGCCUCCCUCGGAGGCUCUAAGGGAUGGAGCGAGGGCUUUCUUAACGUUAUCGCUUCUCGAAUUGUUGCCAAAGGCGUCAUUGUUACCGUCGCCGCUGGGAACUCCGGUGAAGAUGGAUUGUUUUCUGCUAGCGCGCCAGCUGGUGGAAAAGGUGUUGCUGCUAUUGCUUCUUUAGACAAUACUGUAACGCCUGUGUUACUCACACAGUCCUCUUAUCUGGUUUCAACCCGCACGAAACAGAGCUUUAAAUGGGCUAGAGGCAGUCCAGGCAACUGGACAGACGCCGGUGUGCUGGUACUCUGGACGCCAACAUUCAACACCAAUCAGACUGGGGAUGCUUGCUUACCUUUCUCUGGCAACACAACCGGUCUUUCUAGCAACACCACGGGACUUUCUGGCAACACCACGGAUCUUUCUGGAAAAGUUGUUCUUCUCUCUUUAGAUGGUUGCGUUGACCAGUAUCUGCAAAGCGCAUUGAAGCUCGGAGCCCAUUACAUCAUGGUUUCGAACAGCCCUGAUGCUAAUCAACAAAAUCUCUAUGUUAGGCCACUUCCAGGCCUCCUAGGUCUCGGUAUGGUCUCUGUCACUGUAGGGACCAAGUGGUUCGCAGAUCUGGCCGCAGGAAAGGUUGUUACGUUGGAUUUCACCGAUAUUGCCACUAGCCGAGUCACUCUUGAACAGUCGCCUAACAACAGGACUAGCGGACUUCCAGGUUUCUUUAUGUCCUGGGGACCGUCUUUUGAGGGCGACCUAACGCCUUCAUUUAGUGCACCAGGUGGGCAUAUCUUAUUAACGUUCCCUGUUGCUUUAGGUUCUUACGCCGUAAUGUCUGGUACCUCUAUGGCCUGCCCACUUGCUGCUGCUAUCUACGCCCUUCUGUCAAAUGUACGGAACACCUUCGAUCCAAUCCAGCUUCAAAACCUACUUGCUACUACCGCUAAGCCAGUUCAAUUCAAUAGUAGUAUCAACUCUUUAAUCGCGCCACCCGCACAGCAAGGAGCAGGAUCCAUUCAUGCGUAUGACGCGGCCUAUACAACUACAGAAAUAAGCCGUUCAAGUCUUGCUUUCAAUGAUACUGCUCGAUUAACUGGCAAAACCUUUACGAUUUCUAACACUUGUGUCAAGGAAGUCACCUAUGAGUUAGACGUUGUUGGCGCGGCUACUGCUUACACGUUCUCUGCUGGUAGUAUCAGGCCAGCUGCGUACCCCGAUGGACCUAAGCUCGACAGCUCCUUUGCAAAAGUGGAACUAAGCGACUAUAAAGUUACUAUCCCUGCAGGUGGUAAAGUCACAAUUGCUGUUAAGGUUACACCUCCAUCAGUUGCUAUUACAAGACUCCCAGUGUACGGAGGCUAUAUCCAGAUUAACGGUACAAACGGCGAUAAGCUCUCUCUCCCUUACCAAGGUAUCGCAGGAGACCUUAAUGCUGUAACUGUUAUGAACACAACGUACCUAUCAAACGCCAACAGUGGACCCGACUAUCCGCCCUUCAAUGGCAGCAACACGACGUUUCUGUUUCCACAGGCUGAUAGCGUGGAUCUUGGACUUAUCACCGACGACCUUCCAGUUGCGGCUGUUGAUCUUGUUUUUGGAUCUCCGCUUCUCAGCAUCCAUAUUGUGUCAACUGGAAAAAAAACAGUCAAUCUUGGUCACGCUGUGGACUCACCCUUUAAUUACACUCAGCGCGUCUUGAUGGGCUACCAGUGGAACGGUCAAUUAGCUGAUAAAUCAUUUGUACCAGCAGGGAGUUACAAGUUCCGUGUUUCAGCGCUGCACAUCUUUGGUGAAGCAGACCAGCCGCAGGACUAUGACGUUGCGGAGACGUCUUCUUUCAAGAUUGCCUACAAAUAG